AAACCAUCUCAUUUCCAUGCAUGGAUAGAGCUGUGAAUUAAGGGAAGAACAUGGAAGAUUUAAGACUGUUUAUGGUGUUCAGGCAUCAGCUUUUGAAGUUUUAUGUCUUUUUGUGACUUCCUCUCCUCAGUAAGAAAGAGACAUCAAGAAGAAAUUGUCUUCAACCUAUUUGUUUCUUCUCUAAGGAGAAAAAAGUGCUAAAUCAGAUAGGCUGGAAAGUGUCAAUAGCUCAGGAAUGCAGGAAUGAGGUUAAUGGACAAAUAUAGACAUGGUGUAAGCAGGGCCAGACCUCAUUAACAUAUUUGGAGUUACACCCAUUUAUACCCAGCCUGGUUUUGGCCCUGGAUCAGCAAUUCCCCAGUGAACAGCCUGCAUCAAACCACUGCUGAAUUUGGCCCAUUCCAUCUGACAUCUGCAUCCUGCCUCGGAGUGGCCUGUCACACUUACUGCACAUCACAUCACACCUGCCCACCCGGCCAUGGGCAAUUGACUUUAAAAAAAAAACCAAAAAAACAAAAAACCAAACCCAACAAAAAUUUAAAAAAAAAAAUCAGUCACAUAUCAUCAAGAAAAACAACAUUGUUUUAGGACUCUUAUCUCUUCACUCCCAAAUAUCCUGUUUCUUCGAGCUGCGGUGGCCAGGACCAAUAGAAACCUCUUCCUGCCAUUGGCUGACUUCAUUUCCCAGAGUUAGCACAAUCUCAUCCGCUCUAAACAACCUCAUCAAAACUUCUUUCUGGUCAGAGCGAAGCAAUAAUUAUUAUUAGCAAUUAUUAGCGAUCAAUAAUCUUGAUCACAUUAUGGCAAGCACUAUUAAGGAAGCCUUAUCGGUGGUGAGCGAAGACCAGUCCCUGUUUGAGUGCGCCUACGGCUCUCCCCACCUGGCCAAGACAGAGAUGACGGCCUCCUCCUCCAGCGAGUAUGGGCAGACCUCCAAGAUGAGCCCACGUGUCCCCCAGCAGGACUGGUUGUCACAGCCCCCGGCCAGAGUCACCAUCAAGAUGGAGUGCAACCCCAACCAGGUUAACGGGUCGAGGAAUUCUCCAGAUGACUGCAGCGUGGCGAAAGGAGGGAAGAUGGUGAGCAGCUCAGACAGUGUGGGGAUGAGCUAUGGGAGCUACAUGGAGGAGAAGCACGUUCCACCCCCGAACAUGACGACCAACGAACGAAGAGUCAUCGUGCCAGCAGACCCCACGCUGUGGAGCACUGACCACGUGCGCCAGUGGCUGGAGUGGGCGGUCAAGGAGUACGGGCUGCCCGACGUGGACAUCCUGCUCUUCCAGAACAUCGACGGCAAGGAGCUCUGCAAAAUGACCAAGGAUGACUUCCAGAGGCUCACCCCCAGCUACAACGCAGACAUCCUGCUGUCACACCUACACUACCUCAGAGAGACUCCUCUUCCACAUUUGACUUCAGAUGAUGUUGAUAAAGCCUUACAAAACUCUCCACGGUUAAUGCAUGCUAGAAACACAGGAGGUGCCACUUUUAUUUUUCCAAACACAUCAGUUUAUCCAGAAGCAACACAAAGAAUUGCAACCAGGCCAGAUUUGCCUUAUGAGCAAGCCAGGAGAUCAGCAUGGACGAGUCACAGCCACCCCAGCCCCCAGUCAAAAGCUACUCAGCCAUCAUCCUCAACAGUUCCCAAAACAGAAGACCAGCGUCCUCAGCUAGAUCCCUAUCAGAUUCUUGGGCCGACCAGCAGCCGACUUGCAAAUCCAGGCAGCGGGCAGAUCCAGCUGUGGCAGUUCCUGCUGGAGCUGCUGUCGGACAGCUCCAACUCCAACUGCAUCACCUGGGAGGGCACCAACGGCGAGUUCAAGAUGACGGACCCCGACGAGGUGGCGCGGCGCUGGGGCGAGAGGAAAAGCAAGCCCAACAUGAACUACGACAAGCUGAGCCGCGCCCUGCGCUACUACUACGACAAGAACAUCAUGACCAAGGUGCACGGCAAGCGCUACGCCUACAAGUUCGACUUCCACGGCAUCGCCCAGGCCCUGCAGCCCCACCCGCCAGAGUCCUCCAUGUACAAGUACCCGUCAGACCUGCCCUACAUGAGCUCCUACCACGCGCACCCGCAGAAGAUGAACUUUGUGGCCCCCCACCCCCCAGCCCUGCCCGUGACGUCCUCCAGCUUCUUUGCUGCCCCCAAUCCCUACUGGAAUUCGCCGACUGGAGGGAUCUACCCCAACACCAGGCUGCCAGCUGCUCACAUGCCUUCUCAUCUCGGCACCUACUACUAGAGUGGGGUGGGGAGAGCAAACGCCGGGCAAAGCCGAGGCGCUCCUCGGUGGGAUUCGGUCCCUGAGGAGCCGCGACGAACUCUGGUGGAGUACUCGAAUUAAAAGUGCCUAAAGAGACAAGUGAAGGUUUGGCUGGGGGAAAAAAAAAGAAAAAAUCCCCCAAACCACGUUAAAAAUAGAUGUCAAAAAGACUUUUUUUGUAGUAGGGAUUUAAAGGAAAUAUCCAAGAAGUAUUAAGAUACUAAAAUGUAAUGUAUAUGGGCAUCGACUCUGUGGACCAAACAACAAUAGACUAUUGUAGGUAGGAGCAUGAAAUGAUAAGGAAAGCCUACAGAAGCUGGUGGUCUUAAAAAGUUGAUAAGCUUGUUUAAGUGUGUAAAGUUUGAUAUCAUGCUAGUGCAAAACUGGGACUAUACUACAGCAAUAUAAGGAUAAGGCUAUAGUGACCAAACAUACAGUAUAUGGAUCAUUACAAAAGAGAGGGAAAAGGGAAAAAAAACCAGGAAAAAAAAGCCUAUCUGUAUUUAAAAAAUAGAAACAUAUCAGCAGAAGAGACUGGUUAGUGUGGAAGCUGACUUGGAGUAGAACAGCAGUGUUGUAGUUAAAAUCAAACAAGAUCCAUUCGUCAGAGCGAAUCAGCUACUCAAACUGUGAAGACAAACCAAACUUUCAGAUUCCUUGACAGUUUUACAGGAACCCUGAGCCAAAUGUGGGAAAUGAGAAUGUGCUGGAGGGCAAGUGUAUGAUUGUAGAUCAGAGGCCUGCACCUGGAAGCAGGAAGGAGAAGGAGGAGGAUGAAGGUGGUGAGAAGGGGAGGAAAGAAACUUCUUGACCAGUAGAGACUGAAAAGACUGAAAACUUUGUUGCGUUGGGACUAUGAAGAAACACUUGUUUGGACUUGUGAAACAUAUUGCUCAGUAUUAUACCAUUCCCAGUAUUUCAGGAGGAACAGACUUGAUUCAGUAGUAAUAAAAAGUGGGAAAAGGGAAAAGCAGAAGAAGCGAGAAAUCAGAAUAUGCAUCUCUCUUUUUGUUUUUUUACAAAAAAAAAAAUAAGCAAAACUGGAAUUGUGUUUGAUAUUUAAAAGUUACCAGUUAGAACCUCAUCAUUACUUAAGGGGGUUUGUUUUCUAUUGGUUAGAGCAAGAGACAACAACCCCUGACUGCCAGAAUCAGAAAUCACCUGAGUAUUUUUGUUAGGCGGGCGCCAGUUUUUCUUACCGAGUCGCGAACGCUGUGCGUUUGUCAGAAUGAAGUAUACAAGUUCAAUGUUAUUUUUUUUUUCCUUUUUAUAUAAUUAUUAUAUAACUUAUGCAUUUAUACACUACGAGUUGAUCUCGGCCAACCAAAGACACACACACACACAAAAAAAAAACCAAAACCAAAAAAAAGGGACAAUCCAAAAAAAACCUAUUGUGGCCUUGAAUUUUAACUCUGUAUGCUUAAUGUUUACAUUAUGAACAUAUUAGUCCUUAGAUUGCAGAAUGUAUGUAAUAAAAUAAGCUUGGCCUAGCAUGGCAAUUUCAGAUUGA